AUGGCAUCGAUUGAGAUGUCGACUCAUUUAGGAUCGCGCCCUUCAGCUUCGGCAGAACAAGAUCUCGUUGUGUCCGCGAGUGAACCUCUCGCAACUGAUACUUCUCUGAACAACCCCGCAUCUCUUCCUUCCUCUGGAGCAGAUGAUUUGAACGCCGACCCGGGUUGGUUGAGACACACAGAAAUAAGAACCACCCCGUUAACGCUAGCUCCAACGUUGCUCAGUCUUAUCCUCGCAGUAAUAUAUGGAACCUCUACUUGGAUACAAUCGAGCACUGCUGCUGAUUCCUCAGCAAAAGCAAAUCGAUUGGCUCUUUUCACGGCAUGUAUAUCAUUUCCAGAACAACCGAAUAUUAUCAAUUCGAAUUUUUGUAGAGAAAACCGCGAUGCUAGCUUAGACGGAUUUGCUAAACGCGACGUAGCAGCCAUGAGUCUGCCGGUACUAUGGGAUAUGGAUGUGCUUGCAGCAGCUCUGGAAAUUGUACAACCUGCCUGGGAAUGUAAAGCUGUUUGUGGACAGGAAAGGGUGCUUCAUCCGCCAGAUUUAGCUCUCGUAUUCUCUAUUCCGAUAUCGAAUGGCGAAAAUUGUCACCUCGACUGUGUUAAACCUAUUGAGCUUACGCAUGGGCAGGAUAGAGGUCGCCAAAGAACAUUCAAUACACUAGUUGUUGUGAUUUUAUUCCUCAUAAUUUCACCGGCAUUUCCUCGAAGUUAUCCCAUCUUCCACGAGAUCGCCAUGUCCCGAACAGUCUUAUCAAACCAUCACAUCAUCAAUUGUUUGCUUAGGCUCGAAACAGCCCGCCUGGGUCAAGAUAAUAUGCCUCAUUCUUUCAGUCUACACCGUCUUAACCGUGGCCCGCUCAACACCAAUACUGCACUUCUUCUGGUCGCCCACUUCAUCGGUCUUAACCUGUAG